AUGAACCACCUCGACCUUCCUCCUCUAUCUACUCAAGAUCCUCACCGCGUAAUCUCCUUCCCGGCCUCGCAGUCCCUGCACGCGUCGACCGCGUUCCCGGAUGCUGCUGCCUCAGGCAGAAAGGCCAUACCGACUGGGCUGGUCGCGUUGGAUGAGGCGAUCUCUAUCUCUGCCCCGGUGAUAUCGACGACGUCAAAUGAGCGAAUACGUGAGUUUACUGAGGGGAAAGGAGAACAGCUAAAGGGGUUGCCGGUUGGUCAUGUUACGGAGGUGUUUGGGCCGCCGGGGGCGGGGAAGACUAUGUUGGGGUUGAAUGCUGCCGCUGGUGCGCUGGGGAGGGGGGAAGGGGUUGUUUGGAUAGAUACGGCAUCGCCGCUUCCUAGGCCUCGACUGCGCAAACUGCUCGAGUUGCAGUCUCCUGCUUCAUCGUCAUCUCCCAGGUCCUUGACGACGGAAAAUCUAACGUAUAUUCGUGCCCCCACGCUCCCUCAUCUCCUCUCCCUCUUCCAUCAUCCACCUGUCUCUUUUCCACCCCCAAACACAACUCUCCUUGUCAUAGACUCUGUCUCUGCCCCUUUCACUCCUUAUUUCCCUAACCCUAGUGAUAUCAACCAACCGCAGCAAGCGCAGAGGGAUGUCCAGAAAUGGCUCACAACGCGCAAGUGGAACGUGAUUAGCGAUCUGGCUGCUCAAUUGGUGAAGUUCGCAAGCAGGGCGAACCUGGCUAUCUUGGUUAUCAACCAAACGCAUACCCGGAUUCGGGGACAGGUGAGGGCAACGCUGUCGCCCAUAUUGAGUGGAAGGGGGUGGGAAUCGUGCGUUCGUGCUCGGAUCGGGGUUUAUGGUGACUUUGGGUAUGGUGGGGAUGGCGGGUGGGUGAGGGUUGCCGAGGUCAUGAAGAGGGAUGGGAGGCUUGUCACUGUUAGGGACAAAACAACCGUAGUGCCCUUUCGGGUUGCAAAUGAUGGAUUGUAUGCUGUUGAAAUGGGGCUCGAAGGUAAUGAAGAGGAUGGCGUCGCCGUAAAAGUCAGGGAGAAGCAAGCACAGGAUGAAGAUGCGCUUGAACCGGAAGAACCUUUAGAAGAGGAACCGGUGGAGGAGGAAGAGCCAGAGCUCGAAGAUUACCAAGCACAGGACGAUUCCGCACAAGAAGAGCUUGCACCCGACCCUGCACCAGAAGAGCCUGUACCAGGAGAGUCUGCACAAGAGCAACCUGCACCAGAAGAGCCCGUAAUUGAAGCGUUGGUGCAUGAAGUGCCUGUGUACAAUGAGUACACACAAGAGCACUUAGAGAAGAUACAGACCCAGGAGAUUCAAGCACAGAAAAAGCAAGCACAAGAUGUCCACUCCGACCCAGCUCCCGAUACUGCAAGCCAGCGAAAGCGAAAGGCAGAGGAGAUUGCGGACAGCCAGGACGAGGAAGAUUCGGAAGGGGUAUUUGAGUAG